CUAAGACCUAGAACCUUCUAUUCCUCUGUAGACCAACUUCAUCUCCCUGCUGCACCAGUCUCCUUUCCCAGCCGAGUACGCUCGGUUAUAAGGGAGAUAGGUCCUUCCGUCCCUUUCGAUUAUCAGACGAAGAUUCUUUAAUUUCAGUGCGUUGAGCAUAUACUGCAAUGGCGAAACGCUUGAUUCCAACCUUUAAUCGCAUUCUAGUCGAAAAGAUUGUUCCUCCUUCCCAGACCACUGCUGGUAUUCUCCUCCCUGAGUCAUCCACCAAGCUGAAUUCGGGAAAGGUGAUCUCCGUUGGUCCUGGAUUGAGGGGUACUGAAGGGAAACAUAUCCCUCCAUCCGUGAAGGAAGGUGACACAGUUCUUUUGCCCGAUUAUGGCGGUACCCAAGUUAAGCUUGACGACAAAGAGUUUUAUUUAUACAGGGAUGAGGAUAUCUUGGGUACUCUGCAUGAUAAUUGAUUAUUGUUGUUCUUCUUUUGGCAUUUGGAGCUUAAUCUAGCAUUUUUUCUGUGGAUGUAACUUAUAAACAUUGAAGAUUUUGAAUUGAACCAGGUUAAUCUACUUUGAAAUAAGAAAGUGUAUCUUUGUUGCUUUUCA